AAUGAAUUUUACGCCCAUCCUGACUACUCUCACAUGCCUCUCCUGCAACCAAGCAAACUGACAAAAUCAACCCAACCCUCUCUCUGUGUUUUCCAUUCUUAACUGAGUAGUGAAGUGAACAUUGGAAACCUCAAAAAUCAUCCUUUCCCCUUUUCCCUCCCUUUCCCACUGGCCACUCGCACCAUCCCUUUCUCUCUUUCCCUCCUCUCCUAAAAAGCUACCCACCGAAUCUCCCUCCCCGCACCCCCACUUGUGUAUACUGGCUCUCCCGACCAUGGAAGCUUUUAGCUUGCUCAAAUACUGGCGACCCGGUGCUUCGCUCCCUCCUGGGGCUCCUCCUCCCCCUUCUCCCGACGCUGCCACCACCCUUGUCACCGCCGUCGCUGAAUCCGUCGUUGACUCUGACGGUGAAGACGACGACGACGACGGGCCGUUCUUCGACUUGGAAUUUGCGGUUCCUGACGAGGCUGAUGAUUCCGAAGAUGGCCCUGAAAAUCUGAAUGUUAACCGUAGCCGAAGCAGCUCGCCCCUCCAUAGCGAAGAAGACCGGGCUGACGUUGAGUCGGACGAUGGAGAUGAUGAGAAAGAGUUCAAAUUCACGCUAUCUCCUUCCGCAAAUGAUCGUGGGGAUCCUGACCUUUCGCUCUCCCCUUCCGACGAUCUGUUCUUUAAAGGCAAGAUUGUGGAGGUGAAGCCUUCUUCGUUUGUGAUUAACUCUUCUGAAUCCGAACCCAAUUCGAGGCCUCAGUUUACCGCGUCAUUGUUGAAAUCCGCUACCAAGUUCCGUAUUUUUAUGGCCGCUCUCAAGAAAUCCAAAGCGAAUGCGUCGGACAAAGACUCUAAUGCGUCUGAUGCUCCGAAACAGCCGGAAACUCAACCGCCGGAAUCACAGAAGAAGCCGCCAGAGCAGCAUCAGCAGAAGAAACUUUUUACAGUGAAAUUUAAAAUCGAGGAGGUUCCCAUUAUGUCUCUUUUUACACGAGAUAACAGCUCUAGAGGGGCUUCAGUGAACAAGUCCCUGAAGCAGAACACUGAGGAAUCACUCACUUCGGCUACGGACGAAAAGCGUUUCUCGAAGGAAGUAAUGCAAAAAUAUCUGAGAAUGGUGAAGCCUCUCUACAUUAAGGUUUCCAAACGGUACGGAGGCAAACUGAGGUUUUCCGGGCAGCUCAAUGUGAGCUCCAGAGCCAAACCUGCGGGGCCAACUCCGGCCACCGCGGCGCAGAAACCUGCGCUGACAAAAGCAGCAACCGAGAAGGUUCCGACGGAGGCGGAUAGUUCUGAAAUCAAGGGACAACAAAAACAGGGAAAUCUGCCGGCCGGGUUGAAGGUAGUAUGCAAGCAGUUGGGGAAGAGUCGUUCCGCUUCGUCAGCGGUGGCAGCGACGCCGGCCGGAUCAGUUUCUUCGCGACGGCGUGAUGAUUCUCUUCUUCAGCAACAGGAUGGAAUCCAAGGGGCCAUUUUACACUGCAAAAGGUCUUUCAAUGCCUCCCGAGAGUGCGAGUCUUCCCAGCUGCCACGUUCCGUGAGCGAUCCCCUGCACGAGAUAUCGCCGGAAUUAUCAACAAAGUCGACAGAGAAAAGCAAAGACAAGUGCCCUUGAACACUGGGGGCUCUUACAGACAAUUUGAGAGAAUCAGGGUGAGAGACGCAAGAUUUGAGUCCUUUUCAAAUGUCAUCGCUCUGUCUGUAAAAAGAAAAAUGUUAGUUGUUCGGAUUAUAGUGAGUAGCCGUGUAUUGAUAAACUAUUGCUAGUGUUGAUAUGGCCUUUUUGGCUGGGUCGCUCUUUUAUCCCUAGUAGGAUAAACUGUAAAGCUCUUCUUUCCUAGCAAGUGAAAGAAGAUCGUGCCUUUUCUUUGUAAUGCAUGAUGUAUCUAUGUAGCUUAGAACAAAUAGUUUCUUGACCCCUCCGGUAAUUAGUAUUUACUACUAGUUUAAUUCA